ACUCGGUCACUUCGGUGACUUCACCAUAAAUUUUGCGAAUAUUAAAUUUAUUUUUAUGUUUAGAAUGUUUCAUUCUGUUAUUAUUGUUGGCUUUGAAGUUCAGGACUCUUAGACUCUCAGUUUUACGGUUCAUGAGCAAAGAAUGACACAGUGAUGACUGCAUACAGUAGUUUUACUUUUACCGUUGUAGUUUUUCCGCAUUCGUGUAAUUAUGGGUUUUUGAAGUCUCUGAUUUGUUUACUUUCUUGGUCCCUUCUAUAACUUAUAAGUACUGUUGACUGUUGGAGAAUGAAUCCUCUAAUGGACCAAAACCGAAAGUUAGUUCGAAAUUGAUGACAGAAAAAGCUUCCGCGCCGCCAGUGGAGGAUGGGACGCUGGGAAUCUUAUCCGGCAGGAACGCAGCGUUAGCGCAUAUCUCAACGUGUAGUAUUUUUCGCGAACUGCAGAACCUGCGAGCACACGGAUCAUUAUGCGAUGUGAUCAUAAAAGGAUCUGAGGAAUCUGUCAGAAGAAUCUCCUGUCAUCGUCUACUUCUCAGCGCUUACAGUCGAUAUUUUCGGACACUCUUUGAUUCAGUGUCUUCGCAGGAUGAAGUGCGGGUGGAAAACGUUCCUACCGACAUUCUGAACACAUUGAUCGACUGUAUGUAUUCCGCGGAACUGCAUUUGGAUGAUGGUAAUCUUGCACCGCUUCUACAUGGCGCUCUGAAUUUGGAUAUCCCCACAAUCGCUGAAAUCUGCUGGGAAUUCGCUGAACAGCAUAUCGGUGUAGCAAAUUGCCUCAUGAUAAACAGCCUGCGCGAUUGUAAAAUUUACCGGCCACACCUAGCGGAAAAAGCCAAAAGCUUAGCGCUUCGGCAUUUUUCAACCGUUUCUCAUGGCUCCGAUUUUCUGCAGAUGGAUAAUGAACACUUGGUUGAUUUAGUUAGAUCCGAUAACCUGAAUGUACAAGCGGAAGAUGAAGUGUUCUAUGCUGUACUUCGUUGGUUGCAUUAUGAUCGCGGCUCUCGACAACCCCAAUUCCCCGAAAUAAUACAACAUGUGCGGCAGUCCUUUUGUCCUAGCUCUCUAGGGGAAUACUUACAGUUGAUGGGACCGAUAGACCAACCGCCAGAAUAUUCAGCUGCCGAAAGAAAGGACAACUCGUCGACCUGCCUUCAGAAUGGUUCUGUUGACGAUAAAAUGCGGGAAAUAUCUGGUAAUGAUAGCGCGGCUAUUAAAAAGAAGGAGGCGGAUCAGAUCCCACCAUGCUUGAAUGCCGCUGGUGAAGAGAUGCUUGACGGAUCGGGACAAGAUGCAGUGUCCGUGCAACCACGUAUAUCAUACGGUACUGUCCCGGUUAUUGUCUGUGUCGGGGGAGAAGACAAGAGUAUGUUGGAUUGUGUGGAGUGUUUCGACCCCGUCACCCAUUAUUGGUCGCCACUGAAAUUGGUACCUUACCGAGCUACUGGUGUCGGUAUGGCCACAACGGAAGAUCAUAGCCUGUUUGUUUGUGGUGGAUACAGCGAGUCGCGUGGUUUGCAUGCGCUGCGACGCGUCGUGCGCUACAAUCCGUGUGUGGAUGAAUGGAAAGAUAUGCCGGAAAUGCAGACAGCGCGCGGUGAUGCCGGUGUGGCGGCGCUGAACAACUGUGUUUAUGUUGUGGGUGGUUGUAACAGCGCGUGGCGACAAGUAUCGACAGUGGAAUGCUAUGAUCCAUUGAUAGGAGAAUGGCGUUCCGUGGCCGAUCUGCCGGUGCCACUGUCACAUUUUGGGAUCGCUGCUUGUGAAGGACGCCUGUAUGUUUUCGGUGGAUGCAUGCAGGGUGCUGCUGUUCGUUCGGGAUUCUGUUACGAUCCGAAAGCGAAUGGAUGGAGCGCUUUACCAAGUAUGGCGACGAGUCGGGUGGAUUGUUCUGCGUGUGCCUUACCAAGCGGAGUGAUUGUUGUUUUUGGUGGAUAUGGUGGUGUGAAACAUCUGUCAUCUGUGGAAGCAUACGAUGUGAAAAUGAAUCAGUGGACGGAAAAAUGUGAUUUGAUCAGAACACGCCGAUUAGCGCGAGGGGCGUAUGUUGAUGGAAAGAUAUACGCUAUGGGUGGAGACACCACCGGAAACUGUCAGAGUAGUGUGGAACAGUAUGAUGACGUUACGGAUAGAUGGAUUUUACUGGAUAACGUAUACGUAUCUCGUUUUCGUUGCGGAUUAAGCUGUGCAGUAUUGCGAAUUCCGAAAGAUCUUGCCAAUCAACCACCGCGAUACAAAUGAACCACUGGUUUCAGGUGAAAGGGUAAUUUUUGUAGAGGUACUUCUAAUCCGUGGUUGAUGAAUGGAUGUGAAUCUUAACUGUUUUGAAAAAUCUCGCGUUAUUUGCAUCAGAGUAUUGUUGUCUUGUGCUUUCUCAAAAAUGUGCACUCAGCCGGUGAAAUGUUUUUCCGGUGAAGGAUAUACUCUACCUAGCGCAGUUUUGUUUUGUCAUGUAGACGUUUUGUACACGGUAUAUUUAAAGAAAGUUUUAGACCUAGGACUACUAAGCGAACUAUCGUGCAUAAGCAUAAAAUGACACAUAAAAGCACGGCAGA